AUGGCUACAAGCUCUGCUCAUCUCAACCAAGAGAAGUAUUGCACCCAACUCAUCAACUUUGAGACCAAGCCAAGUAUUACCAAGAAACAACUCAAGGAAACUUUGGAAGCCAGUCCUCAAAAUGUUACCGAUGAUGAAAAGAUAGAAGCCAUGAAGACUCUCUUGAUGAUGCAAUUGAACGGAGAAGAUUUCUCCCACUUGCUCAUGACCAUCAUUCAAUAUGUUUUGCCAAAUCAAAACAAGAUGAUGAAGAAGUUGGCCUACUAUUAUUUGGAAACUAUGAAUAGAAGAGAACCAGGUAGUGGUAAGAUGAUUUCGUACCUCUUGAUGUGCUGCUCCCACAUUAGAAACGAUCUCCUUCAUCCAAACGAAUAUGUCAGAGGUUUUGCUCUUCGUUUCUUGUCUCGUGUUCGUGAACCAGAAAUGUUAGAACCUCUCAUCACUCCAAUCCUUCAAAACUUGGAGCACAGAACAUCCUACGUCCGUAGAUGUGCAGUUACAACCAUCUUUUCUAUUUACAGCAAUUCUGAUGAAACUAAUGGUGAAAGUCUUAUUCCUGAUGCUCCAGAGUUGAUGGAAGAAUUCUUAAAGACUGAAACUGAAAUCUCUGCUAUGAGACAUGCUUUCAUCAUGCUCUUCCACUGCGAUCAAGAAAGAGCUGUAAGAUACUUGAGAGACAUUAUGAAUACUGUCAGUCAACAAGGAGACAUUUUCCAAUUGGCUAUUUUGAAUCUCUUGAAGCAAAUGUGUAAACAAUACCCAAGUGAAAAGGCUAUUUAUCUCAGAGUUAUUAGUAGCUUGUUGGAAUCCAAGUCAAAUUCUGUUGUUUAUCAAUGCUGUUGUACAUUAGUUUCCCUUUCUUCCUCACCAAUUUCUAUCAAGUAUGCUGCCACAAACUUUAUCAAGCUUUUGCAAAAUCACUCUGAUAGCAAUGUCAAGUUGAUUUGUCUCGAAAGAUUGACUGAAUUGAAGACCAAGUUUGGUGUUGAUGUUAUGCAACAAGAACAAAUUGUUCUCGACUUGCUUCGUACUCUUUCUUCAUCAACUUCUGUCAAUUUGGAUAAUGACAUUAGAAGAAAGAUUUUAGAACUCGCUAUGGAAUUGAUUUCUCCAUACACUGUUGAGGCUGUUGUUAAUGCUUUGAGACGUGAAUUGCAAAAGUCCAGAUCUGAAACUGUCGAAUAUGAAAAGCAAUCUGAACAAGAAUAUCGUAGACAUGUUAUGCGUACCAUUCACAUUUGUGUCAGAAAGUUCCCAGACCAAACCAACGCCUCUGUUCUUACUCUCAUUGGUUCUGAUCAAUAUUUGAGUGAUGCUUGUGGUGUUGAAUGUGCCAUGCUUGUUCGUGAAGUUAUUGAAAUUUCUUCCAAUGAAUUCCGUGCUAAGGUUAUUGAAAAGUUGUGUGAACAUUUUGCUACUAUUAACAAUGCCAGAACCUUCCGUAUUGUUUUAUGGAUUUUGGGUGAUUAUUGCGAUAGUGCUGAACAAAUUCAACAAACCUUCCAAACUGUUAAGGUUGAAUUGACUGAAUUAAUUCAAAAUGUUGAUGAAUUGGCUAUUGACAAGCCAGAAGAAAAUGAUGAUACCAUCAGCGAUGCUGGUAGUUUGAGAUCUUCGAAGACUACUAGAUCUACUGCUACCACUUCUGCCAUUGGUAAGGACGGUACCUAUGUUACUCAAUUUGCUGAUACUCUCACCAGCACUGAAGCCAACAACAAUGCAGUUGCUUCUACCUCUUUGAAGGGAUUGAUUGAGGAAAGAAACUUUUACUUGGUUUCUGUUGUUGCCAACACUCUCACCAAGUUGGCUCUCAAGUUCAAGCAAAUUAACACUAACAAGAAGGAAGUUAACAAGAUGAUUGCUGAGGUUAUGAAUAUUUUGGCUGUUCUUAUUCGUAUUGGUUUGAGCUCAUCUGGUGCCUCAUCCAAGAAUACUGAAGCUGCUAAGGGCGUUGCUGAAUUGGCUCACAAAGGAAUCAAGAUGGACAAGGACACCCUUGAAAGAAUCAAUUUGUGCUUGAAAAUUUUGGCUUCCAAGUCUGAUGAUGAACUCUCAUUGCUUGAUAUUAACGACAAUCGUGGUGCUUUCACUCGUAUUCUUGAAGAAGAAAAGACUAGAGAAGCUGCUGAACGUGAAGGGCUCAAAUCCAAGAAGGAAUUGCAACAAAUUCAAUGUGACUCCCUCAUUCAUGUACCUCAAUUGAAGGGAAGAUCUAUUGAUGCUAUUGACUUUGAAGAUGAUCCAGCUGAUAUUUCUAGAGCCACCUCUAACUUGUCUGCCUCUAUGGCUUCCGAUCACGAAAAGCUCAUGACCAGAUUGAGCCGUGUUACUCAACUUACUGGUUUCUCUGAUCCAGUUUAUGCUGAGGCUCAAGUUGUUACUCACCAAUUUGAUAUCAUGUUGGACAUUUUGGUUGUUAACACCACUAACCAAACCUUCCAAAACUUGACACUUGAAAUGAGUACUGUUGGUGAUUUGAAGCUCUGUGAACGUCCACAAACUUACACUCUCGCUCCAGGUGCAAGACAACACAUUACAGCCAACAUUAAGGUUUCUUCCACUGAAAAUGGUAUCAUCUUUGGUAAUAUUGUUUAUGACACUCCAAAGGGUGAAUCUUUCUGUAUUAUUCUUAAUGAUAUCCAUAUCAACAUUAUGGAUUAUAUCUUCCCAGCCAUCUGUAAUGAUAUUCAAUUCCGUGCUAUGUGGUUCGAAUUUGAAUGGGAAAAUAAGAUUACUAUCAAAUCUUUCACUACCGAUGUUUCCCUUAGAGAUUAUCUUACACUGAUCAAGGAUGUUACUAAGACUAACUGUCUCACACCUGAAAGUGCUCUUGAUGGUGAUUGUGAGUUCUUGUCUGCCAAUCUCUAUGCUAAGAGCAGCUUUGGUGAAGAUGCUUUGGCUAACGUUUCUUUAGAAAAGUUACCAGAAGGCAAUAUUGAAGGUGUUGUCAGAAUUCGUAGUAAGACUCAAGGAAUUGCGUUGUCAUUAGGUAAUAUUAUUGCUGAUCAAACUAAGAUGUUUGACGCAAAGAAGUUGAAGAAAUAAACUAAUCUUUGAGUUUCUCAGAU